AUGCGACGGGCUGUAUCGGGCGGAAUGAUCACACAAAACGAAGAAGCAGCAGCCAGCCGUGCCUCCAAGACGGCAAGCCUCGAGCUCGCGAGAGUUGUCCAGACGCUCCUGCAGCGCGUUCAGGCAGUCGGCGAGUUCCGUUCGGGCAGAUUCCAGCUUGUGGCGAACCACAUCGUAGUUGUGCUGACAAAAGAGCACGUACGGCGACGUAGCAUUGGCAGCGUCGGCGAGUUGACGAUCCAGGUCCUCCGCACGGCGCAGAACCUCAUGAUUCGAGCGAAUCUCGCGCAGUGCCUCGGUCUGAUCGAUGGCUUGCUGCAACGCGCUCAGCAAAGCCCGCACAUCGGCAAGGUCCAGCGAAGGAUCGACCAGCUCGACAGUCGACACAACGGCUGGGCCGCGGCGCGCUGCAGAACGAGGAGAAGAACAGGGUGA